UAGCUGCAGCUGAACCGCGCCGGUCUCUGUGGUCGCGCUAAUCUCCAGCGGCGUGUGUCCCCCAGUUCCCCCAGUUCCCCCCGGAUACUGGGAUUUUAUCCGGACGACACCUGCUUCUGUUGACGUCUGCUUUUCUUUUUACUCGGAAGCUCCAGGAGCCGUUACCCCGUUGAUCUGAAGGAUGUCGUACCCUCCUCCCCUCAACCGGCAGCAGAUCGGCCUCCCCCAGCUGCCCCCGAGGAUCCCCCCUCCACAGUAUGCCGGCUUUGCUCCUGGUGUCCCCCCAGGUACCCCCAUGCUCCCACUACAUAUGGGUCUCGUGGCCCAGGCACCCACAGUGAGUUGGAAACAGGUCUUCCUACCUACUUCAUACCAAGUUCUUCUCCCGACCACAGUGUCUGUAGCACAGAAGCCGAUGCUUCCGAAGAAGGACAUUGGCCUCAGAUUGAAGGAUAUAGAGGAAGGCAGUGGCCCCACCACCACUGUGUUUGUAGGGAACAUCUCUGAAAAGGCAUCGGACAUGUUGGUCAGACAGCUUCUAGCGAAAUGUGGUAUUGUCCUGAGCUGGAAAAGGGUCCAAGGAGCCUCUGGGAAACUUCAAGCUUUUGGGUUCUGUGAGUAUAAGGAGCCUGAAUCCACGCUGCGAGCCCUCAGACUUCUGCACGAGUUGCUCUUAGGUGAUAAGAAGCUGUUGGUCAAGGUCGAUGCCAAAACAAAGUCCCAGCUAGAUGAGUGGAAAGCCAAGAAGAGGAGUUCCAAUGGGGGAGCCAGUGUUGGGUCAAAGAACGACGAAGACGAGGAGGAGCUUCUUGAUGAAGAAACCCUGCGGCGGGAUCAGGUUGUGAAGGGGGCGAUAGACGUCCUCAUCCGAGAGUACGCAAGUGAACUCAACGCUCCCUCGCAGGAUCCUGACAGUCAACCUCGCAACAAGAAGCGGAAAGAGAAGAAGGAGGAGGAGGAUAUCAAUGCCAUGGAGAUGGAGGAUGACAAGAGAGAUCUGAUAUCCAGAGAGAUCAGCAAAUUCCGGGACACACACAAGAAACUGGAGGAGGAAAAAGGAAAGAAAGAGAAGGAGCGACUGGAGAUCGAGAGGGAAAGGAGAGAGAGGGACAAAGAGCGGGAGCGCGAGAGGGAGCGCCGUGACCGCGAAAAAGAGAAGGAAAGGGAGAGAGAGAGGGACAAGGAGCGGGAAAGAGACAGAGAUCGCGAACGGGAGAGAGAUCGCGAACGGGAGAGGACGAAGGAGCGAGAGCGGGAGAGGGAGAGGGACAGGAGUCGAGACGUCAGUGAAGACCGGAGCAGGUCGAGAGAGAGGGCGAGGGACGAUAAAAAACGAGACCGAGAGGAUGAUGAGGAGGACGUGUACGAACGGCGGAGACUUGAGAGGAGGCUUCGAGACAAGGAGGCAGCUUACCAGGAACGCCUUAAAAACUGGGAGGUCCGUGAGAGGAAGAAAUCUCGUGACUACAGCAAAGAGAUGGAGAGGGAUGACGAGAGGCGCCGCGAAAUGGUAAACAUGAAAGAAGCCAAAAGACUGAAAGAAUUCCUUGAGGAUUACGACGACGACAGAGACGACCCCAAAUACUACAGAGGCAGUGCUUUGCAGAAGCGACUUCGUGACCGAGAAAAGGAGUCCGAGUUGGACGAGCGAGACCGGAAGAGGGAGAAGGAGGAGCACGAGGAGAUCAGACAGCGACUUCUUGCUGAGGGUCACCCUGACCCUGAUGCUGAGCUGCAGAGGAUGGAGGAGGAGGCAGAACGCAGACGACAGCCCCCUCUGAAACUGGAACCUGAGGAGGAGGUGAUCCAGGAGAAGGUUCAUAGAGACCGUGAUCGGGAGAAGAGAGGGUCAGGGAGGCCCGUGGAGCCGCCGCCGCCUCGACCCCCUCCGCAGCAUUCGGACGACGAUGUGGAGGAAGGGGAGGACGAUGACUACCACGACGGAGAGGACUCGCAAGAAGCCAAGCCGCAACUCAAACCCAUAAUGCGACCAAUCAGUACUGCUCCCUCAGUGUCCUCAGCCAGUGGGAACGUGACCCCUAACACGCCCGGUAACGAAUCUCCCUGCGGAAUUAUCAUUCCUGGUGAGAACUCGCCUGAGGUCCAGCCUCCAGAGGAACAUCGGCCCAAGAUCAACGUCAGUCUCAAGCUGGGGGCCACCAACAGUCCCAGCCAGCCCAACGUAGGAAAGCGAAAGAAACUGGCCACCGUGGAAAGUGUUUUCAACAAGUUUGAUGAGGAGGAGGCUGACGAGCAGCCACGCAAGAGGAAACUGGUUCCACUGGACUAUGGUGAUGACGAAAAGAGUCUGGGAGUGGACGGGGCCGAAUUACCAGGGGCCAAAGGCAACAUCAACACAGAAGAGAAACGCAAGCACAUAAAGAGCCUUAUCGAGAAGAUCCCCACAGCCAGACCUGAGCUGUUCUCCUACCCUCUGGAUUGGACUAUGGUCGACUCGACUCUGAUGGAUCGUCGCAUUAAGCCAUGGAUUAAUAAGAAGAUUAUUGAAUACAUUGGCGAGGAGGAAGCAACUCUCGUGGAUUUUGUCUGUUCAAAGGUGAUGGCUCACAGCACCCCUCAGGGUAUUCUUGAUGAUGUUGCUAUGGUUCUCGAUGAAGAAGCAGAAGUUUUCAUAGUAAAGAUGUGGAGGCUGUUGAUUUAUGAAACAGAAGCCAAGAAGAUCGGACUCGCGAAAUAAAGACCAGGUCACUCGGACUGACUUCCUCAGUUCACAGCUCUGCCACCUGCAGUUUUCUGGUCCAGUCUGUAAACAUGCGCCCAUGCACCCCUCCAUUCCUUCAGCACGGAGCUGCUGCCAUGUGUGUGUGAGUGUGUGUGAGUGUGUGUGUGUUUGUGUGUUGGGAACGUCAGGGCUGCAAACAGACAGAAUUUGCACCAACACUCUGCAUGGUAAAACUUAGGUUUUAUAUUUUCCCCUUCGAUGAGGCAGAAAAACAGUUUCAUGUCAGCCGUCUGUUCUGCAAUAAUUUGGACACAUUCAGCUUUGAUUUAUUGUCGUCAUGUUGAGGCACUGCUCCAUUGUGUGAACUAAUAAAUAUGCUUUUUUUUUAAAAACAAAA